CUGGAAUGCUUUGCUCCAUCGCGACGGCCAAGUGGAGCGCUCCAAGGAGUGCUUUGAUCGGAUGAGCGCCAGGAAUGUGGUGCCCUGGACGAUUUUGGCGUCGGGAUUUGUGCAGCACGGGAGAGGAGCCUAGUUUCGUGGAAUUUAAUGGCGAUAAUCACGGGAUAUGCCCAACUGGGUGAUCUUGCCUCUGCGAGGAAAAUGUUCAAGGAGAUGAGCGAGAAGAACGUCGUGUCGUGCACAGUGAUGCUUCAGGCCUACUUGGAAAAUGAGCUCGUCACCUUUGCAAAUACGGUGCGCGAUCGAAUUCCGGGAAUCUAGUGAGCUUCUCGGCAGUGGUAGCAGCGUAUGCCCAAAACGGGCAUCUGGAUGAGGCAAAGGUGAUGCUUGAUCAUGGCUUUGAUCAAAAUCUGGUCCUCUGGAACAUCAUCCUCCAUGGAAACAUCGCAAACAGAGAGGCAAAAUAGAUCUUUGUCAAAAUGCCUGAGAGGGAGGUAGUGGCAUGAACGUCUAUAGUUGCAGAAAAUGCCCAAGAAGGGCAUCUUGAUGGGGCCAAGGCUGUGUUUGCAGCCAUGCCCAUGUCAUUGACCACCUUGAUCUUCUACUGCAAGUCACGCGGAGUACCAGCUCAGUGGAGUGCGAUUGCGUGAUUCCUGUGUUUUGAAGGUAUCGAUAUCGCCCAAGAGCAAGAGAAGAGUGGUAGAAUGUAUUGUGCUUCUUGGUUCUAGACAAGAGAAGGAGAGAAAAUCGCUCUUUGGUUUUUUCCCCUUUGCUAUCCCAGAGAGAAUGGAAGUGGAAAAUUGUCAAGCUAAAAAGUCGUCUCAGGAUGGUGUAUUUCCACAACCAUCAGUUGCGCUGUUUUGGGCACUUUUGGAAAAAUUCGAGGCAUGGCGAAUGCAUCUUCGUGGUAAUCCAGCGAUUUCUUUUUUGAGGUUCUUCUCGAUACUUUGAUCGCGUGGUUUUCGCUUCCUUUGCUUAAGACUACUUAAACCUUUGAUAAUGCCCAUUUUUCUCUUUCUCACAUUUCUGAAGUGGCUGGGGAUGGAAAUCCGUUAUGUUGCGAUUAUUGUACACGGUGAUGAUCCUCAGAUUCGCGAGCUGCUUGAGAUCCAAGCAAAUCUCUUUACGAUAAUAUUCCUUAUCUCUCACGAUCUUCUAAAUCGAUACUUUACAUAGUAACCCUGGCCUCGGCGAUGGAAGCUCUAGCAUUGGCGUUCUCCUGGUUGCGACGCGCUCCAGCACAGGCAAGCACACAGGCAAGCAGGGGAUUGAAGAUCCUCCUCCUUGAGACUCCUGCAGCAACAGCGGACAAGAAAGCGGAGGAUUUCCCAGCACUGCCCUCGCAGCUCGAGGCAGUGAUCGCGAUCCAGCAGUGACCCAGCAUCAAGUGUUCCCGAGUAUGAUGCACCUGUUCUCGAGGAUGACGAAGAGGUAACUCCAGAAGAUGUAGCUAAUCUUCUCUUGCAGCCUGAUGCUCCAAUCGAGCUGGAGGAUUCGUCCGUCCCUUGCCAAGUCAAUUCGCUUCUUCAAGUCGUCCUCUCUCGAGCCCCUCUUCUCAAGGAAUGCAGACCGUGCAAACUGCAGUGUCAGCUGGAAGCAAGCCAUCACAAGAAGCUGCAAGAAAUGUCGGCAAGACCAAACUUUACCUGGUAGCUUUUAAAUGAAACCAAUGUAACGUUCCAUUCAGGUAAGGAUAAAGGUAUGAUUGUUCAUCGAUAAUGUGUGUUUGGAUUUAACGUUGUCGUGAUUUUCUAGGGCCUUGUUGUUCGCUGUGUCUCUUUUCGGCUUGGAUUCGCAGGUCUCGUUUUGCUUCUCACCCUGUGUGACAGUUUGCCGUCUUCGUGUCUCGAGAAAUGGGGGAAGCGAACAUUGGGCCCAAGCCAAUAGACGCGGAAGAAUUUCGCAAGCAUGCUCACGAGAUGGUGGACUUCAUUGCAGAUUACUACCGUGAUAUCGAGAGCUUUCCCGUUCGCAGUCAAGUCUCUCCUGGAUACUUGAAAACUUUGUUGCCUCCGGCUGCGCCAGAAGAUCCCGAAGCGCUGGAGGACGUUUUUGCCGAUAUUCAGAGCAAGAUAAUUCCGGGAGUCACACACUGGCAAAGUCCGAAUUUUUUCGGAUAUUAUCCGUCCAACAGUAGCACGGCAGGGUUCUUGGGGGAAAUGUUAAGCGCUGGAUUGAACAUUGUUGGAUUUAGCUGGAUAACUUCGCCGGCGGCGACAGAGCUGGAGACCAUUGUUCUUGACUGGCUUGCAAAGCUGUUGAAACUUCCCGACGAGUUUCUAUUUGGAGGUAUGGUGGAAAUUUUAGAUUAUAAGAUCAUCAAUCUUACACUUUACAAUGCAGGUAAUGGCGGCGGAGUGAUUCAAGGGACUGCUAGUGAGGCAGUUGCUGUGGUGCUACUCGCUGCUCGAACUCGAGCCAUUUCAGAAAACAAGAGAAAAGGUUUGGCGGAAGCGGAGAUUCUUUCAAAGUUGGCGGUGUAUACGUCAGAUCAAACUCAUUCCUGUCUGCAAAAAGGAUGUGCGAUUGCUGGGAUUCCUCUUGAAAAUCUAGUGAUUGUUCCAACUGAUAGCUCAACAAACUAUGCAGUAUCACCAGCUGCGAUGAGACAAGCACUUGAGGAUGGCGUCAAGCAGGGACUUUUGCCAUUCUUCCUUUGCGGGACUGUGGGAACUACAUCAUCUUCGGCCGUGGAUCCAUUGUCUGCUUUAGGAGAUAUUGCAAAGGAUUUUGGAAUGUGGUUCCACGUUGACGCUGCCUACGCUGGCUCUGCGUGCAUCUGCCCAGAGUUUCGGCAUCACCUGGAUGGAGUUGAGAAAGCAGAUUCGUUUAACAUGAACGCACAUAAGUGGCUGCUUACAAACUUCGAUUGUUCUGCUCUUUGGGUGAAGGAAUCCAGCCAUCUGGUGUCAGCUCUUUCUACAACACCUGAGUACUUGCGUAACAAGGCAUCUGAUUUAAAUCAAGUUGUCGACUACAAAGACUGGCAGAUACCUCUCGGCAGAAGAUUCAGGUCGUUGAAGCUGUGGUUUGUCAUGCGCAUGAAUGGCGCUUCUGGAUUACGGAGCUACAUAAGGAACCAUGUCCGCCUUGCAAAGCGCUUCGAAGGCUUCGUGCGUGAAGACCCACGCUUCCAACUUCUAGUUCCUCGCACAUUCGGCUUGAUUUGCUUCAGGCUAAAGCCAGAAAGCGAUGAUCCGGACAACGGACGCACUCUAAACUUGACGCUUCUGGAGGCUGUCAAUUCCAGCGGAAGAAUGUUUAUCACUCACACGGUGCUCUCGGGCGUCUACACGCUGAGGAUGGCCAUCGGCGGUCCACUCACGCAAGACAAGCACGUAGACGCUGCGUGGAAGCUCAUCCAAGAAGAAGCCACCACCCUCUUGAGAUAAACUUGGAGAUGGACACUGAACAGGUGCUAAAGUCCCAUGCAACCACAGGAUUUCCAUCUCAGAAGUUACUGGCUGGCGGCACUGGUGACGCUAAGGAGGCCAGCAGCAACGCUUCACAACCACCAGCAUCGCCACCACCGUUUAUGUGGCGGUGGUUCCCUCGAAGUUUGGGCGAGGAUGGUGGGAAGGCCAAGAUGAUAAACACUGAAUCGUUUCAAGAAGCUGAAGAGACUUCAAUAUCAAGCUCUCAGAGUUUAGUGUAUGAUGUCGGGGUGAGCAGCAGUAGCGGCAGUGCGAGUGAUUUCAUCGAGUGAGAAGGCAUUAGCAGCAGUGAUACCUUUUUGUUGGAAGGCAAAGGUGGCGGCAGCAGCAGCAAUGUGGAUCUUCAGCUGGCUUCCUCCAAUGAUCUCAACUUGCAAGCAACGGCUGUGGCGGCAACCCCGCUGCUUCUUCCAAUCCUUGCCGGGCUGCUGGUUGCGCUGCUCUUCCUCUUCUUGCUCUACGUCCUCUCGGUGAUCAGGAGGAGGUGGGGGAGGAGGAAGAGAAGCCUCCUGCCUCACUGAGUUCCAGCUUUCAAUGCGAAUGCAUCAGGAUGUGGAUCAAAUUGUUGCAGGCAUGGCUAGGUACUUGGAUCAAAACUUGAAGCCGGUGGCUUAACACUAAGUGAUGAUCCCCAUUGGGAGUGAUAGAACUUCGGUGGCAGAUUUGCAUCAGAGAAGGCAGCUUUAACGUCAUCAAGGCAAAAAGACAAUCUUUUCUGGGGACUCCAUAGCAAACUUGACCAUAGACCCUUCAUCUAGAUUAUAAAUUUUGAGCAGAGGUUGCUGGUG